UGUCACUCAGAGGCGGGGCGCUCACGAUCUCUCCUCCUCUCCGUGUGUCCGUGGCCGGCCGGAUGGCUGCGAUACUCAAGGCCGGGGCUGUGGCCGGGUCUCUUCGGUUCAUGUCUUCCCUCUUCCCGUUGAAAGGUGCAGACAAUGUGCUUAUGGCAGCAACGAUGGAGAACUGGAAGUGAGCUGAAAUGGAAAAUCCAUCCUUGGAGUGACUAAAAAACGUUGGUGUCUCCGUCUCGAAUCAAAAUGAGUGAUGUUCAAGCCACUGUUGAAUUUUCAGUGGAACUCCAAAAAUUCUACAAUGUGGAUUUAUUUCAAAGAGGGUUUUACCAAAUUCGAGCAUGCAUGAAAAUCCCUCCCCGGAUUCCACACAAAAUUGAAGCAAGUCUUUUGAGAGUCACAGGUGAUGAUUUAGCCUUUCCAGCUUCAGUCCAAGAUAAUGCAGUCUGCAGUAAAAUAUUUCAGAUACUAUACAAGAACGAGGAGGUUGCAGUUAAUGAUGUCAUGAACUUUAAAAUUAAAAUGCUAUUGGAUGAAAGAAAGAUUGAGGAGACUUUAAAUGAACUAAAUUUCCAACUUUCCGUGGAUCUGUAUUUUACAGACACAGACUAUUCACCAAAUGACCCAAACGCCUUGCAACAAAUUAGUAGCCGAAAUUUAAAGUUGCACUUUAACCUACAUAGAGGCCUUCAUCACCACAUCAAUUUAAUGUUUGAUUACUUCCAUCUCUCUGUCAUAUCUGUUAUAGUUCAUGGUUCCUUAGUUGCGCUACAUCAGCCACUGAUCACAUUUCACCGAGCUAUAAAAAACACGUGGCUAAAUCGAAAUGCCCCAACCCAGUACAAGGAUUCCUCCAUCCCAACGCUGGAAAGUGUAGUGUUUGGCAACAACUACACAAAGCAGCUAUCAGCAGAUGGCAACAGCUUUGUAGUUCAAGAAAGUUUUUUGCAGCAUGCCUACAAUUUCCAUUAUACACUCUGUGCCUGUUUGCUGCUAUCUUUUAAGGGAUUAUACAGCUACUUCAUCACAGUAACAAAAGAACUGCCUUCAUCUCUGAAACUGGAGCUGGCCAAGCCCCGCAUGCAGGUCCUUUAUGAACGUGUCCUCAGAAGAAAAUAUCCAUGGCCCCCGAGAGACCACACGCAGGAAAAAAUUGAUGUGGACGCUCGCCUUGCAGAAUUGUGUGAAGAUGUCAAGAAAAUCAAGAACCCUGAUGAACUGGCCGAAGUGAUAAACAUGAACCUGGCGCAGCUCUGCUCCCUUCUCAUGGCUCUGUGGGGGCAGUUCAUUGAAGUUAUUGCCUUGCAGGAUGAAAUCACAGUCAUGGUGGCUCAAGAACAUCAUACAUUAAGAGUACGGAGGUUUGCCGAGGCUUUCUUUUGCUUGGAGCAUCCGAGAGAAGCAGCCCUGGCAUAUCAAGAACUGCAUGCCCAGAGCCACCUUCAGAUGUCUACAGCAAUAAAGAACUCUUCCUACUUCAGCUCUCUGCCUCCCCUCCCCAUUGAGUGCAGUGAGUUGGACGGAGACUUCAACACUCUGCCUAUUAUUUUUGAAGAUCGUUAUUUAGAUUAUAUAACAGAAGACCUUGAUGGACCGUGGAUGGGAGUUCAGAAUUUGCACAGAUCAGAUUCCAAUAAAGCGGAGAAGGCUGACAACGAGAAUACAUUUGCUUGUGGGCUUGCCUCUUCAGAUUUGAAAAUCGUAGCUGAAGGUUCUUCUGCUGCUGUUUGGUGUACAGAAGGUGAAAAGCCUCUAACAAAAUCCCAGAAGGGUAAAAGUGAAGAUGAAAAACAGUCAAAAACAAAAGUAAAUAAGCUCAUGAGAACAAUGAAACCAGAGAACCCCAAAAAGAUAGUAAAGCAAAAUUCUAAGGACUCAGUGGUAUUGGUAAGCUACAAAUGUUUAAAAGCUGCUACAGCAGAGGCUGUCUCUAAGCCUUUUGAAUUCAAGCCUUCGCAUUGUCAUAAGGAUGGACAUAACUCCAUACAUGGUUUACUGCCAAAUGACCCCAAGUCUUCUGGGUUACACACAUGGCAGAAGGGCCCUAUACCUCUGCCAAAUAAUGCAGACAUGAAUAAACCACUGCAAGGAAGAGCUGACAUUUCCGUGAAAACCCAGAGCAGUGCUUUGGAUUCUGGUAACCUAACACAUUUCUCCACUUCCACCAUUCUAGGUGCACACAACACGCAACAGGCAGGUACGGGGGUUCCACAAAUGGAUCACACACCACAUCCCGAAGAAAGUUGCCGACGUGGUCCAGCAAUCCCUUCAGGUGUGAGGACAAUAGAGGUUAAGCCAAGCAACAAGAAUCCUUACGAGGGCGAGAAAGUAACUGUUAUUUUUGGCUCCAAGCCAGAGUCUUGUAGAAAUACAGCACCUAAAGAUAGCUUGCAGGGGCAUGGAUUUCCAACUUUGGAGGAUGGAUUGACACACUUGGUAGAGACAGACUCUGUGUUUGACAAAGAGGUUGCACUGGAUACACAUAUUAGACAGACUGGAAACGUAGAUGCCCUUUCACGGCUGAAGCACAAUCAGCAAUCUUUUAGUUCUAAAGAGGUCCACAUUGUUGUUAGUGGGGACACCAUUAAAUUGCCAGAUAUCAAUCUUACCUGCGCUUCUUCAAGGUUUUCUGACUCUGGUGUUGAAAGUGAGCCUAGUUCUUUUUCUACGCACCCAAAUCCAGAACCGAGUUCAGAAAACCAGAAUGAUCAAGGCACCCUUACAACUGAUAAAGUGUUUCCUCAGCUCUUAUUAAAGCCAGAAGCUAAUCUGAGGACGGCAGUAGAAAGUCACUGUACAGAAAGCACUAGUGCACUUAGUGAAAUCCAGUCAUCCUUGACCUCUAUAAACUCACUGCCCUCGGAUGACGAUGAGCUGUCACCUGAUGAAACGUCUAAAAUAUCAGUUGUUCCUGAAAGUCAAUUAAAAGACAGUAAAACUGUGCUUGACCUGGGGACAUCUAAUUUGCCAAAAUACGACACUAAAAAGUCCAGCAUUCUCUUACAGCCUCAAUGCGUGGUGUUUCCUGACAAAGAAUCAGUGUCUGUACAUUCCUCCCUUUCUAGCAUGAGAGAUCUUUUUCAAUUUGCAAUUUCUGAUGAAGAAACCCAAAACGAGAUCAAAAGUAUUCCUGUCCCCCCAACAGGCCCCAUAACCACAUUUAGGGAGCCUCAAACUUCUGGCAAGCACCAUAACGCUGACCCAGGUGCAUUAAAUCCCGAAGUUCUUGUUGUGGGCGAGCCAUCUGUAAUUUCAGGCUCAGUUGCUGCCGAAGAAGACGUUAAAUUUGUCGGAAAAAAAGAGGACCUUUUUAGCAGUGAAAUAAAACACACAGAUCGUGAAAAGUCAGACGUAAUCAGGGAAGGACAAUCUAACGUACUGCCUUCCACGACUACUAACACAGACAUGGUAAGGCAAGGGCUAAUAGAGAAUUACUUUGGCUCCCAAAGUAGCACUGACAUUUCGGAUAUAAGUCCUGCAGAUGAAGCGAAGUGUAACAGUCCAGCCAAAGAAACACCAAUACUACAAACAUGUGGUCCAACUCCUCAAGAAGAUGACGACGACGAUGAAGAAGAGCAGAAUGAAGAAAUGAUUCAGAAUGGAUACUAUGAGGAAACCGAUGGUCCAUUGUGUAGGUCUGAUGAUACGGUAUGCGAAAUUAGCCAGGAUUCUUCAGAUGAACAUUGUUUGAAAGCAGAGAGAAUAAGUUCUGAGUAUGCUUUGAACGUGCCUGGUGUUUGUACUCCGAGCUGUUUAUCUUUUUCCUACACCCUGAGGGACACUCCUUGCGGAAGCGCGUUUACAUCAAGAAAUAUGCGUGAUACUAUUACGAAGCAGCCUGGAGGUGCAUCACCAGCUUCAUCGUCAUGUCUCUCCUGGUAUGAGAGCUCCCCUAAGCCUCUAAUGCUUGCCUUCGUUCAGGCCAAAGAAGAACUCAAACAGCUUAAGCUCCCUGGAUUCCUUUAUAGCGAUGUCCCCCAUUUGGCUUCCACUGUCCCUUACUUUACAGCGGAGGAGGAGGAUAACUCUGAUGAAGGAAUACAUCUCAUUGUCUGUGUUCAUGGUCUUGACGGGAACAGCGCUGACCUUCGCUUGGUAAGAACCUACAUUGAGCUUGGACUGCCUGGUGGGCGAAAGGAUUUUCUAAUGUCUGAGAGAAACCAGAAUGAUACCUUCGCUGAUUUUGACACUAUGACAGAUCGCCUUCUGGAUGAAAUCAUACAAUACAUCCAGAUCUACAAUCUGUCCAUUUCCAGAAUAAGCUUCAUAGGCCAUUCUCUAGGCAAUUUAAUUAUACGUUCAGUUCUGUCAAGGCCUAGAUUCAGAUGUUACCUCGGCAAGCUGCACACGUUCCUUUCUCUGUCGGGCCCGCACCUGGGUACUCUCUAUAACAGCAGUGCGCUGGUUAACACAGGUUUGUGGUUUAUGCAGAAGUGGAAAAAGUCUGGCUCCCUUUUGCAGCUGACGUGCAGAGACCACUCGGAUCCCCGGCAAACCUUCCUGUACAAACUCAGCAAAAAGCCAGGCCUUGAGCACUUCAGAAACGUGGUUCUGGUGAGCUCCCUGCAGGAUCGAUACGUUCCCUAUCACUCUGCUCGCAUCGAGAUGUGCAAAACUGCCCUGAAGGACAAGCAGUCAGGACCAGUUUAUGCUGAAAUGAUCAAAAAUAUCCUGCUGCCAGUUCUGCAGAACAAAGACUGCAACUUAGUGCGUUAUGAUGUCAUCCAUGCAUUACCCAAUACUGCUAAUUCUCUCAUCGGAAGAGCGGCCCACAUUGCGGUUCUUGACUCCGAAGUAUUUUUGGAAAAAUUCUUUCUGGUUGCUGGCCUAAAAUAUUUCCAGUAGGAGGGCACUGCCAGUCCUUUAUGUAAUACCUCAUUCAACUAAAUCUCAAAGCAUGUGGUAUUAAAGUAUUAGCUGCCAUUGCAUUUUGAUUGAUAUUUAUGUGGGUUUGUUGUUUUUUUUUUUGUUUGUUUUUAAGAAUGAUAACUUGUUAUACUAUCCAAUUUGAAAUAAAUUAGUGGUUAUUAAUACAGUGUAGAUUAAUGUAUAUCCUUCUUCCCAGAUGUAUAGACAGUUGGGAGAAUAAUCACUUUCUCCCUUAACAAUGAGCUGAGUGUGUGCAUUGACACAUCUGAAUAGCUCCUGAUUUAGGUCUGUUUUGUAUACAACAUUUUAUGCCACAUUAAAAAAUCCCAAGGAUCGUGAAAUUCAGGAACUUAUUGAUUGUUAGGUCAGCUGGUCUGACCACGUGACAUCUGUGUCUGCGAAACUCCUUUACUCUUGUGUGCUUUCACCAGUUGUCAAAGACCAUGGUCUUUGCAAUAAAAGAAUCUUUCCUGAAA